GACAGAUAUGAUUUGACAGUUGAGUUGUUGAUGUUUUCGUAGAUAUCAUAAAUUUAAAAGAUAGAUUUUUAUACAUUUCAUACAAUGUCGAUUUAUUUAGAUAACAGUCUUUUAUAAGGCUUAUAAAAAUAAUAAGCAAUUUAGUUGUUUACGAUGUCUGCACGAAAUUAUAUAUUAUCGGCACGAGAAAGAAAUAUUAACAAAGUUAUUGAUUAUUUACCUCAAAUAAAUCACCAAAAGUCAGGGUAUCGCUCAGGACAAGAACUGGCAGCACAAUCAGCUAAUGGUACAAAAUUAUUGAACCGAAAUUUAAAUUUCACUUAUAAAAUUCAACCCUAUGCAACAGAAUUUUUCGACAGGGCUGGCACACCAUUUUCAGAUUUUUUUUCUGAAAGCGAGACAGGUACACCAGACUUUCACAGUGAAGAAAGUGAUAGUAGUUCUGGGUCAGCCUUUAAAAGAAAUACAGCUGAGGCAACUAGAAUAUUGCAAGAGGAAUGGGAUUGUAUAGAGAGGACUAUAUAUGAUGAAGAUGGUGAAAAAUGCAGUAGACCACACAUGAUAGAAGAAUGCAAGCAGUGGAAACAGUUACAUCCACAGCUAAGGGUCAUUGGCAAAGCAUUAAAAUUGCCAGAGCAAAGGCUUUGUUAUAAGCAAGCGGAACAAGAAGAGUUGAUAGCAAUGCAUUAUAGCGACUAUGACGAGUUCAGUGAAAGUGAAGAGAGACUCUCUCAGAGCAGUACAGAUGUCACACCACAGAAUUCACCUCGGUUUUCUCAUAUAGAAGACACUUAUGAACCAAAAUUGACUAGAGAGAAAGUGUCUUUCAAACUUCAUGAUGAUAUUGAUUUAUCCGAUGCAUUUUGCUCCCUUUUACACAUAACUCCAAUUCAUAUCAGGAGUCCAUCGCAUAAGAAAAGACCCAACCAAUGUAUAAUGCGAUCAGACCUUGCAUCAUCCAAAUGGACGAGAAAAAGACCUGAGUCUUCUAUAAAUUAUGAGAGAAAUAGCGCUAAGUCAUUAGUUUCUUUAGAUAGAAACUAUAAUAAUAUUAAUUGUGACAGUAAAAUUCUUAAUGCUCGCAUUUUAACAGCAAAGCAUAGAGAGUUAGCCAAACUUGAACCACUUUACACACCAGAAUUAGUACAUAGUGAUGGCUUAAGAUUGAAUGGCAUUCAUCCACAAUAUAGUAUUAGGAAGGUAUCUUUGCCACCGCUACUUUUAGAUGAAAAACGGAAGGUGUCUAAUGGGUCUGCUAAAAAGAUAGUUAAAAAUAGAAAAGGCACAUCAAAAGGCUAUUUAGAUAGAGUGAAACUUGCAUAAAUAUUAUUAAUUUAUUUUUUCUCUUAUACAAUUAGGUUUUUUAGUCGAACCCGACAUGAGUUUUGGUUCAAAGUUCAAUUGAUGCUGGUUAAAACCUUUUUCUUACAUAAACAUACAUGUUAAUUACAUGACAAUUGAUAUGUCAUGAAUAUUGGUACAUGACUGAAUAAACUUUAAUUUAAUUCACGAUAUAAAGAAUUGUACCUGGAAAUAGUUGCAAAUAAAAUACACAUGCUUUACCUAAAACUUAAACAGGUUUUGAAAAGGUUUUUAACAAUUUAUUAGAAAAAAAAAAAUUGGUAAAAAUCGUACUACCGUGAUUUAAUAAUAUUUUUGAUUCUAUUUAAGUUACACAUCACUAGGUGACAUAAUUAUUUUUGUUAUUUUUUUUCUAAUUUUAUUUUAGGUAAGUUUUUAAUGUCUAAUUUCAUACUUAGUGUAAUUUAUCUUUGUCAGAGGAUUUUUUAUGCUUUUUAGUUACAGUGUGUGAUGUGGGUAGAAAAUUUAUGGUGUGAAUUGAAACUACUUAUUUAUUGUAAACAUGUUAUUGUAAAUAUAAUUUUACAAAUAUAUGAACUAUGACACUGUUAA